CUCCUUACUAUAACUAACCAACUAACAUGUAUUUACAUUACUGCCAACAUAUUUACAAUUAAUUAUAAAACAGGUCCCUGAUUACACCUAAGAACUAUUUACACAUUCAAUUGCUAACAUGUACAUCAACCUGGAUCUAAAUCUUCAAGUCUUGGUUCCUUCAUCUCAACUUUAAUCUCUGAUAGAUAGUCGCUCGAGGACAAAUUUGAGAGGAUGCGGAUGUUUACCAUAUUCAAGAAUGCCACCAAAAAUGCAAUUCCGGACUUCGGGGAUUCAGCUGGGAUGAAAAGAUUGAUCGCAUUCUCUACAGUAGUAGUGCCACCGUCUGGGAUGAAUUUCAUCUUCACAAAUCUCGCAAUAGAAAUCACCAGGACGAUCACUAAAAGGAGGAAAGUUGAGCAGCAGUUGGUGCUUAUCCCACCUGUGAUUGAUACUCAGUGGUAGCUUGAUGCAACCAUAAUCCAAACAGAACCUGCAAUCCUCACAGGAGUAAAGCAAGUCCGGGGAAUUGUCUCCACAAGACGAGCAACGCCCGUACCAUACCGUCCCUCGCCAGAGUCGAUGUGGGUGCGCAGGAUGCAUCACGCGGUAGGGCGUAAAAGCACACUUCACAUCAAAAGCAACCUUGGCACCAUCGCAGAAGUUGUAAGAGUAAGAGUAACCAUUACAAUCCAAUCUGCAAUCGUAACAUUUGAUUCGGCUCCAUACAUUCUUUGGUGAAGACAACCGAAAUAUAUGCAACCCAUAGUCAUCACAUCUCGUGGUUGAGCACAGCUAAAGUGGAAAAAGUAAGUGCAUUGUUCACAUUUACCACAUGAAGAAACUAUUAUUUCUGUGCAUACGAAGCAUUGAAUUCCUGGGUUUUCUGAGUCCAAAACAUUCUGGAGAUUCUCAAAAACAAGGGAAUGUUCGCAUCGACCCGGAUUCGAAAUUUUGGUGUAUUUCAGACAACAUCGAGGCGCCAACAUAUAUACCAGUACCUUCUCAUGGUUUCUUGCAGGCAUUUUGAAUCCCUUCGGACCAAAAUCCUCGUCCGCAGCACCCGAGAUGAAGAAUGUACCGACAAAGAUCACAAUAAUAAACCCAACUCUGAAAAGCUAUAUCCUCGAAACAGUAAUCACAUGGAAUCUCAAGUCUACGAAACUCAGUUGGAACAGAAUAAACCAGAGAAAGAGGCAAGCAUCACAGGUGAAGAUGGAAGGUCUUUGAAGAAGCGUCAAUGGGUGGUUAUGACAGGGAUGAUCAAGUUCUUUUGCCUCUGGAAAAGCGCAUAAGGCGUGAAGAUUAACCCGACUAACCGGACAGUGGUAGAUGAAGCUUUGUUCGACAAGGUCCCGGUGACACGCUUGACAAAAGCGGAGCAUUCCAUUCCCCGAAUCAAGAGGAUUUGUGAUAGAGUCUAUAAAUUGUGUUUUAAUUGUUCUUAUUUUACUAGUUUAUGUACUCGGAUGGGUUUAAUUCAUUAUUUUUGUUAUUAUUUCUUGUUAGGAGCUGGAAAUAAGAGAUUGGAGCUGUUUUGGAUGAUUUUCCACGAUCAGAG